AUGUCAUCCAGGCCAAAAUUUAGAUCCUGUUUGAUUAAUCUUGAAGCUAUUACAUUAAUGUGGUAUGAUCCAAACAUCGAUAAAACUGAAGAUACGAAAAACACUAUGAAAGACCUACGUGAAAUAAAUGACUAUAUUGCUCUUCAUACUGAUAAACAAAAAUGUAUUGAUUAUAUAGAAUCGAUUAGAAAUGAAAAAGUAUUUCUUGUUACGUCUGAACGAUGUGCAUCCGAUAUUCUUCAGCAAAUUAAUUCACUUAGACAAGUUAAUUCAGUUUUUAUUUUCUGUUUAAAACCCGACAAUGCUUAUCCGUCCCAACAAGAAGUUCUAUUUGGUCUUGAAGCUACCUUUAAAAUCCUAUCUGUCAUUAAAGAUCCAGAAAUCAAUCUAUGGAUAAUUAAAAUAAAAGCAACGGAUGAAGAAGCAACUGCAGUUAAAGAUUAUAUUGAUUUGAAUAGAAAAGAUGAAGAAGAGAUUAGUAUUCAAGUUAUGUUUGGCGUAUUACUGGGACAGACGGAUACGCAUGAUGAAUCACUGAAAUAUUAUCAAAGUUUGUUAAAUGAUUCAGACAGGGAAGAUAUAGCACGAAUUUAUAAUUGCAUUGGAACAGCUUACCCUCCGUCCCGUGAUUUGAGGUACGUAUAUCUGACGACCUUCAAUGACUAUGAAUCAAAGAUAACGCUCGUACCUCCGAUCACGCUGCUUCUCUAUUGGAUAAUCCUCAGUAAUAGUACGUGUUUGGACAGACAGACACACUGGCGCACAGUGGGCAUUUUUUGCUAGAGCAGGCGGACUUUAGCUUUAUGAGUGAACUAAAAUUUCAUGAACCAUUUUUUUAUAGGUUUUUCAUGAUCCUCUUUCUAAUGCCAUGAGAGUUGGGUUUUGA